UAUUGGUGCUUCUGUAUGACGUGGUCUUAGAACGAACUGUCAAAGUACGAAACUCGCAGUUGAAGUUAUGUUUACAUAAACGUGAUUAAGCACUAUUUUAUAGCCGAAAUAGAUAUAAAAACAAAUUAAACAAUAUCUUUUAUAAAAUAAUCGUGAAACAUGGUUUACGUAUCAAAUGAUGGAAACGUCUUAUGUGGUACUCCAUUGCAUUUAAAAGUGUUUAGAUUUUUCACAGGUAUAAUUUUCAUGGUUAUAAUGUUUUUUAGAACAUUAAUCAAUCCUAAUAUGAACAAAUAUGGAAGCGAAUAUACAAGAGAUUAUAGACCUGGAUCUGGGCCACCACGUCCACCGACUCGUAGGUUAGGAAGACCUAACACAGGACAUACCGUUGAUAUUCCAUUUGGAUGUAGUAGUUGUGCUAGAUAAAAUAAAGGCAAACCUUUACAACAGUAAAGUAAUACCAUUUAAAAAUUUUUACGUGAUUGCUAUAAUUAUAACAUGUUCAAAAAUAAAAUUACUUAAGAACUUGGAAAUUUUUAUAAUGAGAAGAUAAUGGGCAGACAUCUUGAGAAUAAUUUUAUUAAAUGUAUUAGAUUAUUUUUAAAAAUGUUAUAAAUCAUUAUAAAUAUAUCACACAUUAAACAUGCA